AUGGGAUCCACCCAUGCUGCCGUGAAAGUUGGAGCCGACGGCCUGCCGCAACAAGCACCGGCGACAAUGACCAGCCUCCAGCUCCCAGUGUUCGACGACACAAGAGAUAAGUGGAAACCAUACCUUGUUCGGGCUGAAGCGUAUUUUGAAGCAAAUGCCAUUACUGACUCCAAAAGGCAGAGAGCACUUCUGGUGGCAGCACUCAGCACGCAGACUGUGCAAGUGCUAGCGGGGCUAAUUGCACCUCGGACGCCGAAUUCCCUUACUUACGCCGAAGCGGUCGCAGCAUUAAAUUACUACUACGAUCCCAAGCGUCACGAGAUUGCAGAAAGCUACAAGUUUUUCACCCGUUGCCAACAAGAAGGGGAGUCGGUGCACGCAUUCCUAGUCGAAAUACGGCGCAUAGCAGACAAUUGCAACUUCGGAAGUGCGCUGAACCGGAUGUUGAGGGACAGGAUUGUUUGUGGCGUACGCUCAACUGACUUGCGCAAGCAGUUACUGGCACAUAAAGAUUUAACCCUCGAGAAGGCUGAAUCAAUGUCCAUUGCAGCAGAGGCAACCGACAGCGAUGUAAAAGAUAUGAGUGCAGAGCCGCCGACUGUGCUAAAAAUGCGAGAAAAAAAUGGACGUUGA